AUGGCCGCAGCAAGUACUCCAAUGGAAGAGCUGAUUAAACGGGUUGUGCGAAUGUUCUAUGAGCCGCACCACGUUGUGAUCAUGGACAUAAUGCUGCACCACAUGGUUCUUUCCGAGGAUGAUUUGGCUGAUAAAAUGAAGCUUCUCCCAAGAGAGUUCAACCGGCUUGCAGUGAAGCUAAAGGACGACAGAAUUCUCUCUUCUUCCACCACGAACGACAUCAAGCCGGAUGGCAUGCAGACAACAAAGACAACCUUUUCUCUGAACUUUGCGCAGAUCAUAAACAUUGUGAAGUACAAGAUGUUUGUCAUGACGAAGCAGCUGGAGACAAAAAUGCGGGACAGAGAAACCAAGAUCAUGUACCACUGCGAACAGUGCGAUGUGAUGCACUCCCUCUUGGACGUGCAGUCCCUCCUAAACAGCACCACAUUUACCUUUAACUGCAGCGAGUGCCAAAGCGAAUUGAAAGAGAAAAAAGAAAGCAGCGAAAACGAAAAAACCGUAGCCUCUGAUAUUUUCAAAAAGCUAAUGGAGGAGGUGAACUGCAUUAUCAUUCUUCUGAAAGAGAUUGAGAGCCUGGGCGUUGAUCAGGGCAAGGCCAAAAGCCCUACUUCGCCAAAAGACACAGCUGACCUGGAAGAGAGAGAUGUGGAGUACUCAGGAAGAAAGCAACUGUUUGCUGAGGAUGAGAUUGAAGAGGGGGUCAGUGUCCCUGAGAUCGAGAUAGAAAGCGAAAAGGAGAAAUCCCCUGGAAAGAAAGAGCAGGAGGUGGCUAUUGACUCUGUCAGCGCAGGCACUGAGCCAGAGCUAGAAAUGGUUGAGGUUGAGGGCGUGCCAAAGCCAUACAAGGAUAUAACAGAGGAGGACAAAGAAAGAAUGAGCGAAAGCGAAUAUGAAAAGUACUUUGAGAUAUACGAGAAGAACAGCUAG